GCCACCCUGUUGUACAAUUCCUGUGAUGACAUGCAUGGCUAUAUGCCCCUGCUGUUUACAACGCCGUCUAUUUGGACCCAUACUGAUUGGACCACGCUCGGCGUAUCAACAGAACAGAAUGUUUUUGAACUGCCUGAGGACCAUCCCAGGGCGAAGCUGCGCUGUAGCGUUGAAGCCAUUGAGAAAUAUGUACUGAAUCAGGAAGUGGCACUCUUGAAUUCCAUUUGACUCAC